AUGGAAAACAAGUUGGUUCUUGGAGUCCUAUGUCUAUGCCUUGUGAUACAAGUCACCAGCGGCGAGUGGGACGACCCUCUCAUAAACCAUUAUGCUGACUACGAAACGAUUCAUCCCAGCGAAUACUACAGUUCCGAUUUCGAACUCAAAGACGGAACCAAUGUGAUCUUUGAAGCCGUGAAUGAAAUGAAAGGGCUCAAGAAACCGAAAGCAGGCUUCAUGUGCACCAAUGGCAUGCAACAUUGGAAAAGGUCUCUUCCGGGAGACAUUUUCUACGCCAAAUUCUUCUUUUACCGGAUUAAUCCAAACGCAAAAGUUAUUCAACAUUGCCAUUUCCGAUCGGUUUUGGGUUUCGCAGAUGUCUUUAUCGAUGUGUCCCCGGCGCUCGGGAAAAAAUGUCCUGGUUACAAAUGCAUUUUAGCAAUAAGACGUGAAGGUCUCCUAAUGAAAGACACUAAAGAACUCUUUCCUUGGACCCCAUGGCCGCACCGCCACGUUCAACCUAAGUUGCCUGCAGGGAUCACCAAUUGA